UAUGUUUACGGUCAGCAGCUGGACCAACUACGUCUGUUUAAUUUGUCAACGAUGAUGACCUCGAGAAGGAGUCCGCAGUAGAUUCUCUGCCGUCCAGAUACUUAUAAAGGAGCGAAAAUGGCGGAAAUAAGGACUAAGGAUAUAGAGGAACUCCUCACGUUUUUCGGGAAGAACACAUACAGAGCAAGAGAAAGUAGUGCCACGACAGAGCAGAUAAUAAAGAAGUGCCUGGAGUUAUGGAAGUUAGAUUACAAAUGCAUGGUCGUGCCCAACGUUGGAGGAGAGCUCUGCAAUAGCUACCCAAACCGUCUCUUCAUACCAGAGUGUGAGUUAGGUCCAGAAGGGUUAGAGCCACCAGAGCUUCUGUGUCCUCUCACCCUAACAACACCCUCGCCACUCAAUCUGGCCUCGCCUUCUAUGGUUCCUGGAGGCAGUGCUCCUUCAUUUUCUUCUGUUGUAUUAGGAGCCACUUCUGCAUCGGUCUCAGUUAAUGGUCAUCCCGGGAGCUCACCCUCGCUAAGGAAAGGGUCACUGCCUGAGGGCAGCAAGAGUGUGGGAGAAGGGACAGCAGAAAACCAGAGUGAUGGUUCAAGACUACGGGAGUACAUUCUAAAAGCAAAAUUUGCCCGUUGUCGUGCAAGAUUUCCAAUCCCUGUAAUACUAUACAAAGGCAAUUAUAUAUGCAGGUCUGCAACAUUGUCAGGGGGCCCUGAGAUGUACGGUCGCUCAGGGAUAGAAUACUUAUUUGCUGCCUCCUCAAGCAAGGCUGAUGAAGAUGAAGAUGAUGAAGAGGUGACCCAAACAAAUAGCGACUGGCAGUUGUUUGAUCGAGUGAGAUCACAAGACAUUAGGCUGCUAAAAGCUUGCAAUGUGGGUGUCAUUGUUGACCUUAUGGUAGAGAAGAAGAAAGUCAAAUUUGGGAUGUAGUAAGUAAUGAUACUUUUA